AUGCCUCUGAAUACAAGAAUAGGCAUAAUAGGAGGUGGCCCAAGUGGUUUAUCAGCAGCUUAUGCACUUGCUAAGCUUGGUUAUAGAAAUGUGACCCUUCUAGAGAAAUACCACACAGUCAGUGGCAUGUGUGAAUCAACUGAUAUUGAAGGAAAAAUCUACGAUCUUGGAGGGCAGGUUCUUGCAGCAAAUAGUGCCCCCACUGUUUUCCAUUUGGCAAAAGAACUUGGGUCGGAGCUUGAAGAAAUGGACUCUCAUAAACUAGCCCUCAUUGACAGUUCAACUGGGAAAUAUGAAGACAUCCAAGUUGCUGAUGAUUAUGUAGCUGUAAUCCCAUUAGCCUUUGAACUCCAGGAUAAGGUAAAGAAGUCAGGUAGAAAUGGAGUCCAUGCCAUUAGUGAAUUUGCUUCAGAACCAGUUCCUGAGUUCCUGGAGAGUAAAGGGCUAAAAUCUGUUCCAAAAUCCGUGGCCUAUGGAUACACUGCUUCUGGAUAUGGAUUUGUUCAAGAUAUGCCUUAUGCUUACAUUCAUGAAUUCACAAGAACUUCAAUGGCUGGUAAAAUAAGACGGUUUAAAGGUGGGUAUAUGGGAUUCUGGCAGAAAUUAAGCAACUCUCUCCCCAUACAAGUUCAAUGCAACACAGAAGUAUUAUCCAUCAGACGCACCUCCUCAAGUGUCUCUUUAGACACCAUGAACAGUAGUAGCAAAGAAGUCAAAACCAUGGAAUUCGAUAAGAUCAUCAUUUCUGGAUCUCUUCCUUUUACAAAUGGGAAAAUAUACAGAUCACCAACCUAUGUUCCACCAGAUACUGUCAAUGGGUUGAUGGAUUUGAGUGAUCUUGAGAAGGAGCUGUUUAGUAAAGUGGAGACAAUAGAUUACUAUACGACUGUUUUGAAAAUAAAAGGAUUCGAUCAUUUGCCAAUUGGAUUUUAUUACUUUGGCGAGUUCAUGGAUGAUCCUGCAACUAUAGGCAACCCAGUGGCUGUUCAGAGAUUCUAUGCUGACACAGAUAUUUAUCUUUUCUGGUCAUAUGGUAAUUCAGUUGAUAUCAAAGGUCCAAAAGUGACUCAACUUGCAAUUGAUGCUGUUAACAGAAUGGGUGGUCAAGUUGAGAGUGUAAUAUUGCAAAGACGCUUCAAGUAUUUCCCACAUGUUACUAGCCAAGAUAUGAAGGAAGGAUUCUAUGACAAAAUGGAAAUGGAACUUCAAGGUCAGCAAAACACCUACUAUGUAGGUGGACUUGUAGCAUUUGAACUUACAGAGAGAAAUUCAACGUACUCUAUGAACCUAAUUCGCAAGCACUUUGCAAAUGAUGACCCUUUACCAAAGUUUCCAUAUGUGAAGAGAUUGUUUCCACUAUUAUCAGAUAGCUUGGACAGAAACCCUGAACAGCUGGAUGAAUAUCCGGGUGUAACAUUCCCUGACUUGUGUAGUCUUGAUGGGUAUUUGAGCCACUGGGGUACUCAUGAAAUCACUAAAGACAAAACACUUUACACUUGGAUUAAUGAUGAAGGGGAGGAGGCAUAUAAGCGGACUUAUGGAGAACUUCAUGCCAAUGCUUCUUGCAUUGCUCAUAAGCUGUUGACUAGUCAAAAACCAGUUAUGUGUCCUGGUGACAGAGUGUUGUUACUUCAUGUUCCAGGGCUUGAUUUUGUGGAUGCGUUCUUCGGCUGUUUAAGGGCAAGAUUAAUUCCAGUUCCAGUUUUGCCCCCUGAUCCUCUCCAAAGAGGUGGACAGGCGCUUUUGAAGUUAGAAAACAUUGCUAAAUCAAGCGAUGCAAAGGCAAUCUUGUCAACUGUGCUUUACCAUGGAGCUGUAAGGGCAGGGUCUGUAAAAAACUUGAUCUCUUUAAAAAGUGGGAAAAGUGCUGCAAAAUGGCCUAAUCUUCCAUGGAUACAUACAGAUUCUCUUGUGAAGAAUGCUAAAAGUGUUGACUUUGAAGACUUUAAAAUAUCAGAACCAAAGGGAGAAGAUCUCUGUUUUCUUCAGUUUACUUCUGGAUCAACUGGCGAUGCUAAAGGAGUAAUGAUAACUCAUGGUGGCCUAAUUCAUAAUGUGAAGUUGAUGAGAAACAUAUACAAGAGCACAUCAAGGACAGUUUUAGUAAGUUGGCUACCUCAGUACCAUGACAUGGGACUAAUUGGUGGACUUUUUACAUCUCUUGUUAGUGGUGGAAAUGCGAUUCUCCUCUCUCCUAUGACUUUCAUUAAAAAGCCUCUUCUGUGGCUUCAAACCAUGUGCAAGUAUCGAGGCACUCACAGUGCGGGCCCAAAUUUCGCAUUUGAACUUGUGGUCAGAAGAUUAGAGGGUAUGAAGGAUAAGGUGUUGGAUUAUGAUCUUUCUUCCAUGAAGUUUCUUAUGGUUGCUGCUGAACCAGUGAGACAAAAAACCCUCAUGAGUUUUGUUCAACUUACUGCACCUUUCGGCCUUUCACAACAAGUAAUGGCUCCUGGUUAUGGGUUAGCAGAAAAUUGUGUUUUUGUUUGUUGUGCAUAUGGAGAAAAGAAGCCCAUUUUGGUAGACUGGCAAGGAAGGGUGUGUUGUGGGUAUGUUGGUCAAAGUGAUGAAGAUGUUGACAUCAAAAUAGUCAACCCAGAAACCGGUUUAGAACACGAGCCCGGGAAGGAAGGAGAGAUAUGGAUCAGCAGUCCAAGUGCUGGAAUUGGAUACUGGGGAAAGGAAGAUUUGAGUGAGAAAACUUUCAGAAAUUUACUCGGGGGUAAAAAGUACACAAAAACUGGCGAUUUGGGGAGGAUAAUAGAUGGAAACUUGUUCAUCACUGGUAGGAUUAAAGAUCUUAUUAUUGUAGGUGGAAGAAAUAUAUAUUCAGCCGACAUAGAAAAAACAGUGGAAAGUGCUUCUGAACUCUUACGCCCCGGUUGUUGUGCUGUCAUUGGUGUUCCGGAAGAAACGUUAUCCACAAAGGGUAUUUCUGUCCCGGAUUCUUCUGAUCAAGUUGGAUUAGUGGUGAUUGCAGAGGUUAGAGAUGGUAAACCAGUCAGCAAAGAAGUUGUUCAACAAAUUCAAAUCCGGGUGGCUGAAGAACACGGUGUCACGAUCGCAUCUGUGAAGCUGAUAAAACCUCGAACAAUCAGUAAAACGACAUCUGGAAAGAUAAAAAGAUUCGAAUGUCUGAAACAGUUUGCUGAUGGGACUUUGAAUCUUGUUCCAGAACCAAUUGUGACUAAAAAAAGGUUGAUGAGGUCGUACACUACAGGGACAUGUAGGGAAGGGAACACACCUAGGCCUUUACUGGACACCAAUCGCCCGUUGCCAGUGCCAGCUGGCGGGCCAAGUCAUAAAGAGAUUGAAGAGUUUUUGAUGGGUGUAGUUUCUGAGCAAACAGGAAUUUCUGUGAACAAGAUCUCCACAACUGAAGGACUCACAUCUUACGGGAUUGACUCGAUUGGGGUCGUUAGAGCUGCUCAAAAGCUCUCAGAUUUCCUUGGGGUUCCAGUUGGAGCAGUUGACGUGUUUACUGCCACUUGUAUCUCUGACCUGGCAAGUUUCUCAGAGAAUCUUUUACUCAAAUCUCAACCAAACAACGCGACUAGCCCUUUUCCUGUUCAAGAAUAUGAGAAUGACACUUCUUUCGAUUUGAUGACUGAGGUUUCGGCACUUCACCAGUUCAAAAUCUGGACAUUGCAGAUUCUUGCACUUGUGUAUAUAUGCAUGAUGCUUGUUCUUCCUGCGUAUCUAUCUGUUUCAAUGUUCAUGAACUUCAUCUCUUCUGGUCAUUCGUGGUUAGGGUAUGCUACCUGUUUACUUUUUGCUCCUAUCGCAUGGAUAUUCUGUAUAUUCGCAACUUGCAUAUCGGUGGCUUUUUUUGGUAAAUCUUUCCUCCGGCCGAAUUACGCUUUGACCCCUGAGGUUUCCAUAUGGUCUAUGGAUUUUGUCAAGUGGUGGACGCUUUACAAGGCACAAGAAAUUUCUUCCAAGGUUAUGGGAACUCACUUGAGGGGGACAGUGUUUUUAAAUUACUGGUUUGAGUUGUUUGGAGCAAGAAUUGGUUCAUCGGUUUUGCUGGAUACAGUUGACAUUACAGACCCAUCUCUGGUUUUUAUCGGAGACCAAGCUGUGAUUGCAGAAGGUGCACUGAUUCAAGGACAUGAAGUAAGGAAUGGAGUUUUGAGUUUUCUACCAAUUAGAAUUGGUCAAAGGUCUGAAAUCGGUCCUUAUGCUGUGAUCCAAAAAGGAACUCUUUUGGGGGAAGAAGCUAAAGUGGGAGCCUUACAGAAAACGGAAACCGGAAAGCCUGUUUUCCGAUCAGGCAGGCGCAAAAAUGUUCAGAAGGAUGCAGCAAUUGACACUCAAACUCCGGCAAUCUAUCACCUGAUGGGUAUUUACAUGGUCGGAUUUCUAAGUUCUCUUUCAGCCGGAAUAGCUUACUUCCUUUACACAUCUUUAUAUCAAGAGUCACCAUCUCUUAACCACUUUGCGUUUCUCUGUGUUGCCGGAGCUUUCCACUGGCUUCCUUUCACGAUUAUCGCGUAUGCUACCAUGAUUGUUACCACCUCAGUGGACCCACUGACCUUUGCCACGUCACUUGCUGCUGCUUACCUGGCUCAUGGCUUGAUCCUCAGCUUACUAACCUGCACAAUCACAUGGUUCCUUGAGAAAGAAGAAGAGAGCCUGUUUAAAAUAUGGCUUCGCCAUCGGAUCAAUAUUUCUUGCCAUCUUAAAUUCGCCAAGCUUCUUUCCGGAACUGAAGCAUUUUGUAUGUAUUUACGGUUGUUGGGUGCAAAGGUCGGAAACCAUUGUUCGAUUAGAGCCAUCAACCCAGUUUCCGACCCUAGACUGAUUUCAAUCGGUAACGGCGUUCAUUUGGGUGACUUUAGCAGAAUUAUUGCUGGGUUCUACUCUAUUACCGGGUUUAAAAGUGGGAAAGUUGAAGUUCACGAUAACGCAGUAGUUGGAAGUCAGAGCCUUCUCCUACCUGGUUCAGUCGUUCAAAAUGAUGUCAUUCUUGGUGCUCUUUCAGUGGCUCCAAUCGAUUCAGUUCUCCAAAGAGGUGGUGUUUACAUUGGUUCUCAAACUCCGGUUAUGAUUAAAAACACCAUGCAUGCCCUAGAUGAACGCAUAGAAGAAAUGGAUGUGAAAUACAAGAAGAUCGUCGGAAACCUAGCUGCUAAUCUCGCUGCCACUACUCUUAAAGUCAAAUCGAGAUACUUUCAUAGAGUCGGAGUUAGUGGGAAGGGAAUCUUAAAGAUUUAUGAUGACAUUACAGGAUUUCCAAAUCAUAAAAUCUUCUACCCGGGGAAAACUUACCCUAUCAUCAUCAGACACAGUAACAGCUUAAGCGCAGAUGAUGAUGCAAGACUCGAUGCACGUGGUGCAGCUGUGAGAAUCCUAUCUGCCGAAGCCGAAACCGAAACCCCGAUUCUCGACCUGACAUUGAAAACCGGAAAUGCAUUCUAUGCAAGGACGAUCUCCGAUUUCGCCACGUGGCUCGUUUGUGGACUGCCAGCAAGAGAACAGCACGUGAAGCGGGUCCCACAUGUGCGUGACGCUGUAUGGACAUCACUUCGCAACACCGAUUCAUUUACCAGUUUGCAUUACUUCUCAAACAUAUGCAGGAUUUUUCGGUUCGAAGAUGGAAGUGAAAUGUAUGUCAAAUUUAAAUUGAGACCUUUUGACGAUAACAUACCUGAAGAAUCCGGUAGGAUUGAACCCAUCGGAAUCCUUCCUCCAGAAACCGGUGCAAUUCCGAGAGACGUUAAUGACAAAAGGCCACCUGUUUUCCUUGCUGAUGAUUUUCAACACAGGGUGAGUCAACCAGGUGGGGUUAGGUAUGUUUUCCAGUUACAGAUCCGAGACGUACCCAAAGAUGAACUCACCCAAGACAUCGCACUUGACUGCACAAAACCAUGGGACGAAACCCAAUUCCCGUAUAUCGAUGUGGGAGAGAUAACAAUCGAUCAAAAUAACACACGAGAACAAUCGGAGAAGUUACAGUUCAAUCCUUUCUUGAGAUGCAACGAGGUGGAUGUAAUUCGCGCCACAUCCUCCUCACAGAGUGCUUCAAUCGAUCACGGCCGUUCAUUGAUAUACGAGAUCUGUCAACAUCUGAGAAACGGUCAGCCACUUCCGGAGUCAUGGAGGAGUUUCAUAGAACAAUCCGAUGUCAAAGUAGACCUCUCCGGUUGUCCCAUGGCAGCAACAGUAACAACACCGCCGGAGAACAAAAACUCCGGCGAAGUGACUCUGGCGAGAACAUGGUACCAAACUUCAUGGACACUAUUUGGGCAGCCUCUGUUACAGACGUUCUUGCCUUACUUCCUAAUGGCGUUGCUAAUCUCGGGUCCGUUAAACUUGAUGUUUUACAUAAAGUCAACAACCGGGUACCCGAUUCAGUGGCUGUUGCCUCUAUUUUGGGUGUGUUCCGGUGUGUGUGGUGGGAUAGCAUGUGUGAUUGCAAAGUGGGUGUUGGUGGGAAAGAAGAAAGAGGGUGGGAGUGUGUUGAUUUGGGGGAAAGAGGUGUUUAUGGACACGAUUUGGCAGGCGUUUAGGACGUUGGUGGGGGAGUAUUUCAUGGAAAUAGUGAGUGGGAGUUUUUUGUUUGUUGUGUGGAUGAAGGUGAUGGGGUCGGAGAUUGAUUUGAAUGGAGGGGCUUAUGUGGACAGUAUGGGGGCGGUGUUGAACCCUGAGAUGGUGGAGAUUGAAGGCGGUGGGUGUGUGGGGCGGGAGGCUUUGUUGUUUGGACAUAUUUAUGAAGGAGAUGGUGGGAAGGUCAAGUUUGGGAAGAUUAGGGUUGGUGAAGAUGGGUUUGUAGGGAGUAGGAGUGUUGUUAUGCCGGGUGUCAGGGUGGAGAAUGGUGGUAGUCUCAGUGCACUGUCACUUGCAUUUAAGGGAGAAAUUAUUAAGUCUAAAUAA